AUCCCCUUGAUUGUUUUGCCGCUCGAUUAGCCUCUCCUCCCCUCCCUUUUGAUUCUCAAGAGAGGCCCUUUUGAUAGAUCCUCUCUCUCUCCUCUCUAAUUCUCUCUUGCCAUCAAGAAACCAGGAAUGGUUCGUGCUUCGGAACAAGAACAGGAAAGCUAUAGGAGCAGGCUCUUCAAUUUCAAAUGGAGGAACAACGACAACAAUAGUACAACGAGACACAACAAGAGUCUCAGCGUCGAGACCGGUUUAGAUGAGGCUGCCACCGGAUCUCAUGACGCUGAACCGUUGACCAUAAUUCAUCCUAGUCAGGGUCCCCCACUUUCAAGAUCAGCUGCGGAUGAAGCAGCACUAGCCGCCCUUGCCGCCGCACAGGCUAGAGAAAAGCAGCUUUUGGCAGACAUGGAGCAGAUGAAAGAGCGCUUCUCCAAGCUGUUGCUGGGAGAGGACAAUUCCGGUGGAGGCAAAGGAGUAUCAUCUGCUCUCGCCCUUUCAAACGCAAUCACAAACCUUGCAGCUUCCGUGUUCGGAGAGCAACGUCGCUUGGAGCCAAUGCCUGCAGAGAGGAGAGCAAGAUGGAGAAAAGAGAUCGAUUGGCUUCUCUCCGUGACCGAGUACGUUGUUGAGUUUGCUCCAUCUCAGCAAAAAAAUAAAGAUGGGACCAAUAUGGAGAUAAUGACCACACGCCAACGUACUGACCUCCACAUGAAUAUCCCCGCAUUGAAGAAAUUGGACGCCAUGCUCAUCGAUUGUCUAGAAAAUUUCAAGGACCAAAGCGAGUUCAGCUAUGUCUCAAAAGACUCCCCUGACUCAGACGGUAAGAGAAACGACGACAAAUGGUGGAUUCCGACAGUCAAAGUUCCACCAGAUGGUCUAUCAGAAGCUUCAAGAAGGUUCUUGCAAUACCAGAAAGAUUGUGUAAACCAGGUUCUAAAGGCAGCCAUGGCCAUAAACGCACAGGUUUUGUUCGAGAUGGAGAUACCAGAGAGCUACAUCGACUCUCUCCCCAAGAACGGGAGGGCGAGUCUGGGGGAUCAGAUGUACAAGAAUAUAACGGUGGACUUCUUUGACCCGGACCAGUUCCUGAGCAGCAUGGACAUGUCGUCCGAGCACAAGAUCGUCGACCUCAAAAACAGGAUCGAGGCAUCAAUCAUUAUAUGGAAACGCAAAAUGGUUUAUAAAGACAGCAAAUCAUCAGCACCAUGGGCCUCCGGAGUAAGUCUGGAGAAGCGAGAGGUUUUCGAAGAGCGAGCUGAGACCAUUUUGCUCAUUCUGAAGCAAAGAUACCCUGGGAUAUCUCAGUCGGCCCUCGACAUCAGCAAAAUCCAGUUCAACAAGGACGUUGGUCAAGCGGUGCUGGAGAGCUACUCGAGAAUACUGGAGAGCUUGGCGUACACGGUACUGUCGAGAAUCGAUGACGUUUUAGAGGCAGAUCGAGCGGGGAACAAGAGGAACACGCCGAUGGAAGCAGAGGACGAGACGCUUGUUGGGAGCAUGACGCUGUCGGAUUUCAUGGGAUGGGACUUCGAUCAGGCCGGGAACGCCGACUUGGAGUCGAAGAAGGAUCUAUCGGAUGAUCCGUUGGUGAAGGAGAAGCUAAGCGUCGUCACGACCAAGAAGACAUCAUACCUCGAAACCCUAGGCGGCGUCAAGAGUCCAACGGCGCGGCAUUGAUUGAUUGUUUAGGGGCAAAAGAGCGAAGACAGAUUUACCUUUAAUUAUUAUUUUAGGAUUCAAAACUUUUUCAAAGGGCUUUGUAAUACCUUUUUAUAAAAAGGUGGGCUUUAA